AUGGCGGUGCCCUGGGAGGAAUAUUUCCGACUGGCCUUGCGAGAGAAACUACCUACGAAGACACCAGAGCAGAAUGUAGAUCACUUCCCACCAGUGCUGUGUCUCCUGGAGAAGAGGCAAGAGCUAGCAGACGCAGACCAAGGCCUGCAGGCCCAGAGGGAGGUGUUCCACACCAAGAUGGCAGCCCUGAAACAGCGCUGGGAACAGCUGGAGCAGAAGGAGCGGGAACUAAAAGAGUCCUUUGUUCGUUUUGACAAGUUCUUUCAGGACGCGGAGGCCCGGCGCAGCCGCGCGCUGCAGAGGGCGGCGGAGGAGCGGCACCGGGCCGGCCGCCAGGAGGCGGAGGCUCUGCGGUUGCGGGCCCAGCUCGAGGAGCUGCGCCGGGAGCGCGCGCGGCUGCAACGCCAGCUGCAGCGCCUGGAGCCCUGCGCGCGCCUGCUGGAGCAAGCCCUGGCGCAGCUGCCCGAAUUCCAGGAGGUCCCUGAGCUGGUGGCGCGCUUCGACACCCUGGCGGACACCCGGGCGGCGCUGAGGAUAGCAGAGCGCAAGCAGGUGGCGGAGGUGGAAGCGGCGCGGACUCAGCUGCAGCGGUUGAGGGACGCCCGGCAGGACGAGCUGCUUGCUCUGGGUCAGCAGCGAGCGCAGCUGCAGGAGCGCCUGGAGGCAGCGCAGGAGCUCAAGCUGCAGUGGGAAUCCAAGUGGAUUCAGAUCCAGAACACAGCGGCUGAGAAGACCCUGCUCCUGGGUCGAGCUAGCAUGUCAGUGCUCCACCUGUUCCAGUUAGUGAGCCAGCAUCAGAAGCAGACACCCACCCUGGACAUUUACGACACUGAGGGGCAGCUGGAGCAGGUGAAGAUGUUCAUCCAGGACCUCUCUGCCAUGCUGGCCAGCCUGGGUCAGGCCAAGCCUGUGGCCCCAGCCUCCUAA